UCUGGUAGCCGCCGCCCCCGCCCCCAACCCCGCCCGUCCCGGCACCUAGCCGAGCCCCGGGCCCAGCAUGGCAGCCCCGGAGCCGGCCCGGGCCGCGCCGCCCCCGCCCCCGCCCCCGCCGCCCCCUCUUGGGGCCGACCGCGUCGUCAAAGCUGUCCCUUUUCCCCCAACUCACCGAUUGACAUCUGAAGAAGUAUUUGAUAUGGAUGGGAUACCCAGGGUUGAUGUUCUGAAGAACCACCUGGUAAAAGAAGGUCGGGUAGAUGAAGAAAUUGCACUAAGAAUUAUCAAUGAGGGUGCUGCCAUACUUCGGCGGGAGAAAACCAUGAUAGAGGUAGAAGCUCCAAUAACAGUGUGUGGUGACAUCCAUGGCCAAUUUUUUGAUCUGAUGAAACUUUUUGAAGUAGGAGGAUCACCUGCUAAUACACGAUACCUUUUUCUUGGUGAUUAUGUGGACAGAGGUUAUUUUAGUAUAGAGUGUGUCUUGUAUUUAUGGGUCUUGAAGAUUCUAUACCCAAGCACAUUAUUCCUUCUGAGAGGCAACCAUGAAUGCAGACACCUUACUGAAUAUUUUACCUUUAAGCAGGAAUGUAAAAUUAAAUAUUCAGAAAGAGUCUAUGAAGCUUGUAUGGAAGCUUUUGACAGCUUGCCCCUUGCUGCACUUCUAAAUCAACAAUUUCUUUGUGUUCAUGGUGGACUUUCACCAGAAAUACACACACUGGAUGAUAUUAGGAGAUUAGAUAGAUUUAAAGAGCCACCUGCUUUUGGACCAAUGUGUGACUUGCUAUGGUCUGAUCCUUCUGAAGACUUUGGAAAUGAAAAAUCACAAGAACAUUUUAGUCAUAAUACAGUUCGAGGAUGUUCUUAUUUUUAUAACUAUCCAGCAGUGUGUGAAUUUUUGCAAAACAAUAAUUUGUUAUCGAUAAUUAGAGCUCAUGAAGCUCAAGAUGCAGGCUAUAGAAUGUACAGAAAAAGUCAAACUACAGGGUUUCCUUCAUUAAUAACAAUUUUUUCGGCACCUAAUUACUUAGAUGUCUACAAUAAUAAAGCUGCUGUACUAAAAUAUGAAAAUAAUGUAAUGAAUAUUCGACAGUUUAAUUGUUCUCCACAUCCUUACUGGCUGCCCAAUUUUAUGGAUGUCUUCACAUGGUCUUUACCAUUUGUUGGAGAAAAAGUGACAGAAAUGUUGGUAAAUGUUCUGAGUAUCUGCUCUGAUGAUGAACUGAUGACAGAAGGUGAAGACCAGUUUGAUGAACGACUCAUAUAUGGCAAUAAAAAAGUAGGUUCAGCUGCAGCCCGGAAAGAAAUCAUAAGAAACAAAAUCCGAGCAAUUGGCAAGAUGGCAAGAGUCUUCUCUGUUCUCAGGGAGGAGAGUGAAAGCGUGCUGACACUCAAGGGCCUGACUCCCACAGGGAUGUUGCCUAGUGGAGUGUUGGCUGGAGGACGGCAGACCUUGCAAAGUGCCACAGUUGAGGCUAUUGAGGCUGAAAAAGCAAUACGAGGAUUCUCCCCACCACAUAGAAUCUGCAGUUUUGAAGAGGCAAAGGGUUUGGAUAGGAUCAAUGAGAGAAUGCCACCCCGGAAAGAUGCUGUACAGCAAGAUGGUUUCAAUUCCCUGAACACCGCACAUACCACUGAGAACCACGGGACUGGCAACCAUAGUGCCCAGUGACCAGCGGCUUCCCAGGGACUCUCAGGUCUCGGUCCCCAAAUGGACAGAUCACCCAAGGAGCUGGAAGGGUCAGCCGAGCUGAUGAUAAAUGUCACAAUCUCUCUGAAGAAACCAUUGUGUUCCCUUCCUGGAUGGAGGCUUGAGCACCCUGGGACAUGUGCUGUCUAAUAAGAUUGGGUAAUUGCUGCCACAGUGGAGAGCAGUGAGGAAGGGGCUUGGGGCAAUUUCCAGUGGAGGAUAUCUACACCUCCAUUUAUGCUAGUGGUUCACACAUUUACGUUUACAUGAGAUUUCCUUUUUUUUUUUUUUUUCUCUCAGUAGAAUUAGAUUUUUUUUCAACCAUGACUUUAAAUGCAAUCUUUAGAGUUAAUGUGGACUUCCCCUGCCCCAUGAAAUGUCUUUAAAAGGAUGAAUUAGCAUGGUCUUAAAAUACAUUUCUGAGGUUACUAGCUCUAUUUUGAAUUGUAGGCAAAAAUCUGAGAAACUCAGUGUUUAUACAAAAAGCUGACCUCAGGUCUAUAGUUCUUAAAUGUGGCUAAUUCUGUAAUAUAGUCUUGGUAUUUUUCAAUUAUGAAUGCAUAAACUAUUUCUAAGAAGACUCUUACUUGAACACAAAUCCAAACACCAAUUUAGAAUCUUUUUUGCCCAUAUCUUUUGAGAUUUAUGCCCCAGAGAUUUAAGGGAAAAAAAAAAACUAAAUUAAAAUUUAAAAUUAUGAAGACUUACAGAAUUACUCAUUUAAGGUACUUUAAAAGAAGUUUAUACAUUGUCAAAGUAAAUUUUAAUUCAAAUCAUGUCUGUAAAACUUGACGUAUUUUGUGUAUGCAUGUUUUCAUUUUGCAAAUAUUUAAUAUAUAGACCUAUGAUGUACAGGUACAAUAUGUAUAGGUUACAUAGAUGUUAUGAGAAAUUUUAGUUUAUUGUGAGUACUCCAGUUGCUUAAAACAACCAUGAGGGUGAUUUGCUGCUGGCUUUCUAUCAUUUUUAUGUUUAAAUGCAACGGAAAUUUAAAAUGUCUGGAAAUGUUUCUGACUAAGUAAUGCAGCCUAGAAGCAAUGUUAGUGGAAGCAUAAAAGUCAAGACUGCAUGUUGAAAUUUUACUUUUGAUAGUUAAAGAACUGCUUGGUUAAACUAAAUGGAACCAUGUGCUAAUUUUACACAGUUACUGACCUGUACUGAUUGCCACUGUAGUUUGGUAUUUCCCUUUACUUUGGUGGCCUGCUUCCCUCAUGCCCUGGAAUACAGCUCAAAGCUCCAGGCAGCGGAACCAUCUGUUGUUUUGUUUGCUAGAAAGUGCACUCUGUACGGUCUCCUGUCUAAGUUGGAAAUAUUAUGCAUGUGCAGGACUAUUCAAGUAUUUUAUAAACAGUAGCACACAAUAAAUUCCAUGCAUGGGCCGCUGCUCCUA